AUGUCCUCCGUCAUCGUGUUCGGUCCAACCGGAAGUGUUGGCUCGUUCGUGGCCCGCACCGCCCAACAGCUGGGAGCCAAGGUGUUCCUAGGAAUGAGAGAUACCACAAAAGCAGUUCCAGGCCUAACCCCAGAAGCCGAGAAAGCGGGAGACUUUCAAAGAGUUCAGGCCGAUCUCACCCAGCCUGAUAGCGUCACCGCUGCCGUGCGGUCAUCCAAAGCCAAGCGCGCCUUCAUCUACCGAGCAAAUGGCACGUCCGACCACAUGCGAUCCACGCUGAGUGCGCUGAAAUCUGCCGGCAUCGACUUCGUCGUAUUCCUCAGCAGCUACACUAUCACCGGAGAUCCGCGUGACGUACAGCCCGCCGACAUGAUUCCUUUCAUCCACGCACAAGUUGAGAUCAACCUGGACGAGAUCUUUGGCGCCGAAAACUACGUUGCAAUUCGCCCCGGUGGUUUCGCGACGAACCUGCUGCGCUUCAAGGAUGGCAUUGCUUCCGGCGAGAUUAAGAUGUACGGUCCAAAGUUCAGAAUGGACUUCGUUACCCCCGUCGAUAUGGGCCAAGUCAGUGGCACGAUCUUGGUGCAAGGGCCCAAGAACAACCAGCGAAAGGUCUACGUCUAUGGACCACAGAUCUCCUCUCAAAAGGAAGGGGUGGAGAUUAUUGCGAAUGUGAUGGGCAAACAGAUCAAAUUUCUGCCUGUAACCGCGGAAGAGGCGAUCGAGCAAUUCAUGGCAUCUGGCGUGCCGAAGCCUGUUGCACUGUAUAUGGUCGACAAGCUUGAUAACGCCGACAGCGAGAAUGUGGAGCGGGCCCAUUAUGCGACAGGUGUCGAAAAUGUGCAGCUAUAUCUGGGGAGAGCCGCCACAAGCCUGGAGACUUGGGCAGAAGGGAUUAAAGAUUCGUUUUGA